CCGGGACCGGUCCACAGAUGUCACACUGCUGGAAUGUCUAGGUGACAACGACACUUUUAAGGUCUGAACCGCAGUGAAGUCCUUCCCCGGUAGGUAGGCACGACUGCCUCCCCGGGGCUCCGGGGAGUCACAUUAGGUGGUGAUGUCACAUUGGCUGGGAUGACAUUUUGCAGUCCGAUCCCCCCUCCCUACUGCUCCCAGGCAUUUUUUAAAUCACUGCGGAGCCCGCCUUGCGGAGGGGUGGGGAGUCCGUCCCCGGGCCGCGUUCCACCCUGGCUCCCCACGGAGGCCCACCCACUCCCAAGGCCGUUAAGACCGUGCAGCCGUCCUAGAAGCGCAACUCCGCCUUCUCACUUCCGUCUCAGUAUGGCAUCACAGCUGCAGGUGUUUUCCCCCCCAUCAGUGUCGUCGAGUGCCUUCUGCAGUGCGAAGAAACUGAAAAUAGAGCCCUCUGGCUGGGAUGUUUCAGGACAGAGCAGCAACGAAAAAUAUUAUACCCACAGCAAAACCCUCCCAGCCACACAGGGACAAGCCAACUCCUCUCAGCAGGUAGCAAAUUUCAACAUCCCUGCUUACGACCAGGGUCUCUUGCUUCCAGCCCCUGCAGUGGAGCACAUUGUUGUAACAGCUGCUGAUAGCUCAGCAAGUGCUGCUACAUCAACCUUCCAGAGCAGCCAGACCCUGACUCACAGAAGCAACGUGACUUUGCUCGAGCCAUAUCAAAAAUGUGGAUUGAAAAGAAAAAGUGAGGAAGUUGAUAGCAACGGUAGUGUGCAGAUCAUAGAAGAACAUCCCCCUCUCAUGCUGCAAAACAGGACUGUGGUGGGUGCUGCUGCCACGACCACCACGGUGACCACAAAAAGCAGCAGUUCCAGCGGAGAAGGGGAUUACCAGCUGGUCCAGCAUGAGAUCCUUUGCUCUAUGACCAACAGCUAUGAAGUCUUGGAGUUCCUGGGCCGUGGAACCUUUGGACAGGUAGCAAAAUGCUGGAAGCGGAGCACAAAGGAAAUUGUGGCUAUUAAAAUCUUGAAGAACCACCCCUCCUAUGCUAGACAAGGGCAGAUUGAAGUGAGCAUUCUUUCCCGGUUAAGCAGUGAAAAUGCUGACGAGUAUAAUUUUGUCCGUUCUUAUGAGUGCUUUCAACACAAGAAUCAUACCUGCCUUGUUUUUGAGAUGUUGGAGCAGAACUUGUAUGAUUUUCUAAAGCAGAACAAGUUUAGCCCACUGCCACUCAAGUAUAUCAGGCCAAUCUUGCAGCAGGUGGCCACAGCCUUGAUGAAACUCAAGAGCCUUGGUUUGAUUCAUGCAGACCUUAAACCUGAAAACAUAAUGCUGGUUGAUCCAGUUCGCCAACCCUACCGAGUGAAGGUCAUUGACUUUGGUUCUGCUAGUCACGUUUCCAAAGCUGUGUGCUCCACCUACUUACAGUCACGCUACUACAGAGCCCCUGAAAUUAUUCUUGGGUUGCCUUUUUGUGAAGCUAUUGACAUGUGGUCCCUGGGCUGUGUGAUAGCUGAGCUGUUCCUGGGAUGGCCACUGUAUCCUGGUGCUUCAGAAUAUGAUCAGAUUCGUUAUAUUUCACAAACGCAAGGCCUACCGGCUGAAUAUCUUCUCAGUGCUGGAACAAAAACAACCAGGUUCUUCAGCAGAGACCCUACCCUGGGCUACCCACUGUGGAGGCUUAAGACACCUGAGGAACAUGAGUUGGAGACUGGAAUAAAAUCAAAAGAAGCUCGGAAAUAUAUUUUCAACUGUCUAGAUGACAUGGCUCAGGUGAAUAUGUCUACAGACUUAGAGGGAACAGACAUGUUGGCAGAGAAGGCGGAUCGAAGAGAAUACAUUGACCUUUUGAAAAAAAUGUUAACGAUUGAUGCAGACAAGAGAAUUACUCCUCUGAAAACUCUUAACCAUCAGUUUGUAACCAUGACCCAUCUUCUGGAUUUUCCACAUAGCAAUCAUGUUAAGUCUUGCUUCCAGAACAUGGAGAUCUGCAAGCGGAGGGUUCACAUGUAUGACACAGUGAGUCAGAUCAAGAGUCCCUUCACUACACAUGUGGCCCCAAAUACAAGCACAAACCUAACAAUGAGCUUCAGCAACCAGCUCAACACCGUGCACAAUCAGGCCAGUGUUCUAGCUUCCAGUUCCACUGCAGCUGCUGCUACUCUUUCUCUGGCUAAUUCAGAUGUCUCGCUGCUAAGCUACCAGUCAGCUUUAUAUCCUUCCUCUGCAGCCCCGGUUCCUGGAGUGGCCCAGCAAGGUGUUUCUUUGCAGCCAGGAACAACUCAGAUUUGCACUCAGACAGACCCAUUCCAACAGACGUUUAUAGUGUGUCCACCUGCUUUCCAAACUGGACUGCAAGCAACAACAAAGCAUUCUGGAUUCCCUGUGAGGAUGGAUAAUGCCGUGCCCAUUGUACCCCAGGCCCCUGCUGCUCAGCCACUGCAGAUUCAGUCAGGCGUUCUCACGCAGGGAAGCUGUACACCACUAAUGGUAGCAACUCUCCACCCUCAAGUAGCCACCAUCGCACCGCAGUAUGCGGUGCCCUUUACUCUGAGCUGCGCAGCCGGCCGGCCGGCGCUGGUUGAACAGACUGCCGCUGUACUGCAGGCUUGGCCUGGAGGAACUCAACAAAUUCUCCUGCCUUCAACUUGGCAGCAGUUGCCUGGCGUAGCUUUACACAACUCUGUGCAGCCUGCCGCAGUGAUUCCAGAGGCCCUGGGGAGUGGCCAACAGCUAGCCGACUGGAGAAAUGCCCACUCUCACGGCAACCAGUAUAGCACCAUCAUGCAGCAGCCAUCCUUGCUGACUAACCAUGUGACGCUGGCCACUGCUCAGCCCCUCAAUGUUGGUGUUGCCCAUGUUGUCCGACAGCAGCAAUCCAGUUCCCUCCCUUCAAAGAAGAAUAAGCAGGCUGCUGCAGUCUGUUCCAAAUCCUCUCUGGAAACUCUGCCUUCCCAAGUUUAUUCUCUGGUUGGGAGCAGUCCUCUCCGCACCACAUCUUCUUAUAAUUCCCUAGUCCCUGUCCAAGAUCAGCAUCAACCAAUCAUCAUUCCAGACACUCCCAGCCCUCCUGUGAGUGUCAUCACUAUCCGUAGUGACACUGAUGAGGAAGAGGACAACAAAUACAAGCCCAAUAGCUCUGGCCUAAAGCCAAGAUCCAACGUCAUCAGCUAUGUCACUGUCAAUGAUUCCCCGGACUCUGACUCUUCCUCGAGUAGCCCGUAUCCCACUGACACCCUGAGUGCUCUCCGGGGCAAUAGUGGGGCUCUUCUGGAGGGGCCAGGCAGAGUUGUGGCAGAUGGCACUGGCACCCGUACCAUCAUUGUGCCUCCGCUGAAAGCUCAGCUGGGUGACUGCACAGCAGCAACCCAGGCAUCAAGUCUCCUGAACAGUAAGACCAAGCCAGUGGCCUCAGUGAGUGGGCAGUCAUCUGGAUGCUGUAUUACCCCUACAGGGUAUCGAGCUCAGCGUGGGGGCACCAACGCAGCCCAGCCACUCAACCUUAGCCAGAACCAGCAGUCAUCUUCAGCUCCAGCCUCUCAGGAGAGAAGCGGCAACCCUGCCCCUCGCAGGCAGCAGGCGUUUGUGGCCCCGCUCUCCCAAGCCCCCUACGCCUUUCAGCAUGGCAGCCCACUGCACUCGACGGGGCACCCACAUCUGGCCCCAGCCCCUGCUCACCUGCCAAGCCAGCCUCACCUGUAUACGUAUGCUGCCCCCACCUCUGCUGCUGCUGCAUUGGGUUCCACCAGCUCCAUUGCUCAUCUCUUCUCUCCCCAGGGCUCUUCAAGGCAUGCCACAGCCUAUACCACCCACCCAAGCACUCUGGUGCACCAAGUUCCUGUCAGUAUGGGGCCCAGCCUCCUCACUUCUGCCAGUGUGGCCCCUGCUCAGUACCAACACCAGUUUGCCACCCAGUCAUACAUUGGGUCCUCUCGAGGCUCAGCAAUUUACACUGGGUACCCGCUGAGUCCGACCAAAAUCAGCCAGUAUUCCUACUUGUAGUUGGUGAGCAUGAGGGAGGAGGACUCAUGGCUGCCGGCUCCAGUCCCUGAGAGGCUGAUAGUGGCUGUGGUGAGCUCCUCCUCACUCCUGAAACUCUUUAGCCAGCAGCUUGUUCUGCAGGGGCUCACUGAAGCAGAAGGUUCUUCUCUGGGGAACCUGUCUCAGUGUUGACUGCAUUGUUGUAGUCUCCCAAAGUUUGCCCUAUUUUUUAACUCUUUAUUUUUGUGACAGCAUUUCUGGCAUUGGACAAGUUUAGAUUCCCAUCUUCUGCAGUGACCAAGGAAGAGAGAUGAUUCUGAGGUUGCCCUUUGAAAAUGAGAUUGUCUCUCUGACUUGAUUUCUAUAAGUGCUUUUAAGUCCCUCUUUGUUUUACUGCAUCAGAGGAAAAAUGCUGAUAGAAGGAUUGAAAGUCUGAAAAGUCCAAAGAGGAAAGUCAUUACUUUUUGUUUAUUUGAAAGCCAAGCUUGUCUGCCCGUUUUAUUUGGAAAGCAGCUUAGUCGAGGCUGUUCUGUACUAUCAGGCAUUUCUCCUCAAAAUUUUAUCUUUGUUUAUGAAGCAUGUAAACUGAUGUGUUAGUUUUGUUUUCAUGUUGCAUUAUACCUAAUGAUCAGUUUUAUAAACUGGUGGUAUGUUUCAUUCUGUGUUACUCCUAGGAUUCCCUCAGUUGCUCCUGUGUAUAUUGAAGUGGUAUUAGAAAGGCAGUUCACCACUUUCUGGUAACAUAGUGUGUGAGAGAAUCCAAUCAUACCUACCAUGAAAGUACCAAGUCAUCUUUUAAAAUGAGCACCAUGAAUUCUUUUUUAAGUUAUUUUAAAGCUUUCCUCUCUCCGAUUCAGCCUAAAUGUCAUGGGAAAAGCCAUUAAGGUGGUUAUUGUUGUAUGGUGGUUAUUGUAUUAUAUGCAAAAUAGCUAUUAUGAAAUGGUGGUAUUGAUGAGCUUUGCCUAAAGGUAGUAUGAAUUUUCAAUAAUACAUCCCUGCGUUUUCCUCAUCUCCCCUUCUGUUUCAUGUGAUUUAUUUGGGGAGAAGCUAAAGAAUCUGAAACCAGGUAAGAACGUUGUGUAUAGCUUUUAUACUUUUAAGUAGUUUUCUUUGUAUGCCAGCAGCAAAUUGAAUGCUCUCUUAUUAAAACUUAUGUAAUAAGUGCAUGUAGGAAUUGCAAAAAAUAUUUUAAAAAUUUAUUACUGAAUUUAAAAAUAUUUUAGAAGUUUUGUAAUGGUGGUGUUUUAAUAUUUUGCAUAAUUAAAUAUGUACAUAUCGAUUAGAAAAAUAUAACAAGCAAUUUUUCCUGCUAACCCCAAAUGUUAUUUGUAAUCAAAUGUGUAGUGAUUACACUUGAAUUGUGUAUUUAGUGUGUAUCUGAUCCUCCAGUGUUACCCCCGGAGAUGGAAUUGAUGUCUCCAUUGUAUUUAAACCAAAAUGAACUGAUACUUGUUGGAAUGUAUGUGAACUAAUUGCAAUUAUAUUAGAGCAUAUUACUGUAGUGCUGAGUGAGCAGGGGCAUUGCCUGCAAGGAGAGGAAACCCUUGGAAUUGUUUUGCACAGGUGUGUCUGGUGAGGAGUUGUUUGUGUGUGUCUUUCCCCUCUUCCUCCCCUUAUUGUAGUGCCUUAUAUGAUAAUGUAGUGGUUCAUAGCGUUUACAGUGAGCUUGCCUUAGGAUGGACCAGCAAGCCCCCGUGAACCCUAAGCAGUUCACUGGGAUGUAUCGGGACAGGAGUAGUAGCUGUGCUGUGUAAAUGCAUUGUUCUCAGUUUCCCUGCUGACUUGGAAGAAUAAAAACAGCAGCUUUUCUUUACCGCCACCUCUGCCUGUUUCCACUUUGGGUUCUGAGCUGAAUUCUCACAGAAGCAUUUUCCCUGCGUUGCUGUCUCACUGUGUGUUGCUACCGUGCUUUUGUGAGAAUUCGGGAAGCGGGUGAGAGGAGUGAAGCCAAUAUUAAAUAUGCAUUUUUUAAAAAGUAUGUGCAAUCACUUUUAGAAUGCGAUUUUUUUCCCCAUGUGGCAGUCCUUCCUGCAAAUAGUUAACAUUGAUAAUAAAAUUUUUGCUUGUUGAAAAAGAAAUUUAACAGAUGUGUUUAUACCAAAGAGCCUGUUGUAUUGCUUACUAUAGCCCCCACACUGUGGAGGAAGAGUUUGUGGUGCUGCUGGUUCAAGGAACUCACAGCAAAGUUUCUUAACCAGUGAAGGAUACUAGGAAGGAACCGAAACCUGUUGCAUCAUUGGGGCUUUUGAAGUUUCUUUCUUAUAACUUGUAUAUUCUUGGGGCCCUUCAAGCUGUGAAAUUGUCCUUGUACUCUCAGCUCCUGUGCGGAUCUGGGGCAGGUAGAAGGUACGGGGACUUGGGAACAUUCCUGCCUACAAAGGCCACGAAGAAGAAGGCUAACCCUAACAUACAGAUGUGUUCCAUCUGAGCUGGAAAUUGUAUACAUGAGGAGUAAUUGUAGGACUGGUUCUCUGUGGAGAUGGUGUCAAGGAGGUGCCCGAUGGAGAUGGGAGAUUUCGUGGAACCUGGUCAGCAAAUUCUGAACUGGGUUGAACACCGAGGAGCUAAGUAUUUGGAGUUUCUUUAUUGUAAGGAGGAAGGGCUUCCAAGAUGGGGUGGGCAGUCGGUGCAACCUACCCAGAAAUACACAUAUGUGUGCGUGUGCGUGGUUCUUUAAACUGUUCUGCUGUGAUGUAUUUUCAGCACCAUAUUGGUCAAAACAAACAGUUCGGUUUCUGUUGUUAGUGUUAAAUUGUUUACUGGUCAAAACAUGUGAUCUUUGUGCCACCUUUUUUUUGCCAAGCGCAUUCUGACUUCCUGGUUCAAACACAUGCCUAGUUCCUAAGGGAGACAGUUUUUGUUCCUUAUCUUUCUCUUCCUCAAGGGACAUAAUGUAUUGUUUUUGUAUAAAAUGAGAUGCAAGAAGAAAAGAUCCCCCUGCCUGAUUCCACCAAGUAGAUGCCAUUUAAGAUAGGAGUCUUCAUUCUGUGGGAAAAGAGAAUACCAAGAGCUUGUUGUGUUUGCUGCUUUGUCACCCUAACUAGCAGUGUGUCUUUAGAAAAACUGCAGAUUUUCUGUCAGACUUCAGAUUGACAUUUCAGAUUUACCAAGAUACAGAUUCACCCGUGUCUGCCAAAUGUGUAUGUGUUUGAUGUGGCUUUAGAUUCUAUCCCUGGGCCUGAAAGCAGCUGGCCCGGGCAGCGUGGGGAAAACCACAAGGAUUUGGUGUAAGUCCUCUCAGAACUAGGGUCUCCAGUGUCUUCCCUUCUGGGUGACAGAGGAAGUGGGGAGUAGUGAAGCAUCAGGCUCGUGGGGACGCUAGAUCACUCCCAGGAGCUGAUCCCACCCUGUUCAGCUACGACAUACCAUCCCCAGAAGGAGAACUCCCUUUCCAGCAGUCCUGACCAUUCUGAGCCCACGUUUGGAAUGGCUCAUUUCAUAGUCCUCCACUAGAGGGGCCAAGCUUGACUGCAGUAGCCAGGCAAGCACAGGAAUGUGUGCGUUACUCAGCAUUUCUUAUGCAAAACUUCACAAGUUAAGAUUGUUUGUUUUAGACUAGGAAGUGGAAUUGCCUCUCAGUGACAGGAAUGACCCGAGCCUGCUUCCUAUUUCGAUUUGUUUGAAACUGAUGAAUGGUGCAGCAUGUCUAUAUGGUUGUUUGUUGCUAAACUUUAUAUAAUGUAUGGUUUCAAUUCAGCUUGACAAAUAAUCUCACUACAUGUAGCAGUACAUUAUAUGUACAUUAUAUGUAAUGUUAGUAUUUCUGCUUCGAUAUUGCAAUGGAAUUCCUACUUUAUUAAAUGUAUUUGAUAUGCUAGUUAUUGUGUGCGAUUUAGACUUUCUUUUUGCUUUCUCCCUUUUCUGGUUGUGUGCUUCCUUUUACAACAAGCCUCUAGAAACAGUUUCUGAGAAUUACUGAGCUAUGUUUGUAUUGCAGAUGUACUUAGGGAGUAUGUAAAAUAAUCAUUUUAACAAAAGAAAUAGAUAUUUAAAAUUUAAUACUAACUACGGGAAAAGGGUCCAUUGUGUAAAACAUAGUUUAUCUUUGGAUUCAACGUUUGUCUUUGGUUUUACAAAGUAGCUUGUAUUUUCAGUAUUUUCUACAUAAUAUGGUAAAAUGUAGAGCAAUUGCAAUGCAUCAAUAAAAUGAGUAAGUUUUCUGACUCA